UUGCUAUACCACCAACAUCUGCCUCUGGUGUCAUAGGCUACCAUGAGAAAAUAGGAGGCAUUACUUCUGUAGCAGCCCUUGUAUUUCAGUGUCAUGUGAAUUAGAAUAUUAGAAUGAACAAGAUCAUCUAUAUUACUUCACAGCUCCUACAGCACGACCCAAAAGAAGGGUGUUGCUUUUCCUGGAAAAAAUAGGUGUCAUCUACUCAAAUGUAAAGAAACCAGUGGACUUCAGUUUUUUUCUAUGCUGUAAGCCGGCUCUGAAGGAAUGGACAGUUCCAACAAAACCCCCCACAGACAUGCUCUGAGAGUCCAGCAAGUGAAUUAGAAGAAACAACUCGACUCACAAUAUCUCACCUGACUCAUGACUGAAUCUCAGCUAAUGCAACGCUAGCUUUGAGCACCUUUGUAUAUCAGAUUCAAUGAUGUUUGUGUUGCUGUACAUUACAAGUUUUGCCAUCUACACCAGUGAACAACCUCUUCAAAACCAGUUCAAAGGAGAGAACUACCAUACCAGAUACAUCUGCAGUAUCCCUGGGUUGCCAGGUCCCGUGGGCCCCCCUGGAGCUAACGGAGCCCCAGGGCCACAUGGACGCAUUGGUCUUCCAGGAAGAGAUGGUAGAGAUGGGAGAAAAGGAAAAGGUGAAAAGGGGAGCGCAGGUUUAAGAGGAAAAACUGGGCCAUUAGGACCAACCGGAGAGAAAGGAGACCAAGGUCAGUCUGGGAAAAAAGGACCAGGAGGACUGAUUGGUGCCAAGGGUGAAGUAGGUCCAGCUGGACCACCUGGACCUAAGGGAGAUAAAGGAGACCGAGGAGAGCCAGGUGCACCAGGCAUCUGUAAGUGUGGGAAGAUAGUGCUGAAAUCUGCCUUUUCUGUUGGCAUCACCACCAGCUACCCUGAGGAAAGACUACCAAUUGUAUUCAAUAAAGUCCUCUUCAACGAGGGUGAACAUUACAACCCUUCCACAGGGAAGUUUAUUUGUGCCAUCCCAGGGAUUUAUUAUUUUUCUUAUGACAUCACUUUGGCAAAUAAGCACCUUGCAAUUGGGCUGGUUCACAACGGGAAGUACCGCAUAAAGACAUUUGAUGCAAACACAGGAAACCACGACGUAGCUUCUGGAUCCACUGUGAUCUACCUUCAGCCAGAAGAUGAAGUAUGGCUUGAGAUCUUCUACGCUGACCAAAAUGGUCUCUUUUCAGACCCAACAUGGGCAGACAGCUUGUUUUCUGGAUUUCUCUUAUAUGUUGAUACAGAUUAUCUUGAUGCUUUGUCAGACGAAGAUGAGCUCUGAAGCAGAUAAUGUCAAAUCACAGCCAAACGACAAGCCAGCACAUGACUUUAUCCAGCCGUGUGUGGGACACAAAGUGGAAAAUGAAUAACCUGGGAAUUUAUUUUUGCUUUGACAGGAACCAAAUCUGAGUUCAGAUGGAGAUUCCUAGAAUCAAAGCUGGAUUCUUUACUGAACAACAGGGAUAUCAAAAGGAACUAUAAUUAACAAAAGACUGCAUCGCUCCAGGACAGACUCUUCACGGAAGUUAUGUUUACGAUACUAUUUAAACAAAUUUAAGAUACUGUACAUUGGAUUUUAUAUAAAAUAUAUUAAGUUACAAAGUAGAAUUGAUAUUUUGUAUACGGUAUUAAAGAAAAAAUGAACAAUUGAUAGCAAUAUUGUCCUUGGUUAUUAUGAGACAGGUAAUAUAUUAAAAACAAAGAAAACUUUUUUUUUUUUAAGAAAGGAAUAAAAUAGAGAUGUGUGCUGGACAGGUCAGAAGCAUGUUCUCAUCUGAUAUUUACACCAACAAAAGAUAUUUGUGAGCAGUUAACCUCCUAAUAUUUCAUGAAAAUUUCUACCAGCUGAGGUCAGCCUAAUUGCAGUCCAGAAAGAACAGAAUAAAGAUAUUAAACAUACAAAAUAAUUAAAAGUCAACUGAGCUAAAAACAUGUAGAUAGCAAUUCAGUAUUCUGCUUGUUAUUUUCAGUGUAAGUGGGUUUGCUAUUAUUGCAAUGUUAUUUAAUAUCUUUUUCAAAAAUGUGGAAGAAAAUAUAAAGCUUCUGCUGGAAAA